UUGCACAAUUUUAGAGACAAGGCGAGGAUUCUAGCAGCCGUCAGAGACAAGGAAGAAAUUCUCUACGAGGGAAAGCAGGUUUAUAUUCGCCAAGACCUGUCACCACGCGUGAAAGACGCUAGGCGUCAGUUCAACAUAGCAUGCCAGGAGCUUAUCAAGAAGAAAGUACUGUUCCAAAUGCGUUUCCCGGCCACGCUUCAGUUCUCCCUCGAUGGGAAGGAAUACUCAUUUGAAUCUGCAAAGGAGGCGGAGGAAUUUCUUAAGAGGUGACAUGAUUUCAGCGAACUGCAGCAUUAAGGAUUUCAAGGAGUCCAUGUUUCCCAUCGCCUACCUGCUCAUCUUUAUUCUGGGUAUUACCGGUCACUUGGUCUCCAUGUAUGUCUUCUUCAGCAUGUGGAGGAAGAAGAGGAGUCUGACGACGGUCAACUUGUUCAUGGUUAAUCUGCUGAUGUCAGACCUUAUGUUGGUGUGCUCGUUGCCCUUCAGAGUUUCUUACUACCUGUCAAACUCUUGUUGGACAUUUGGCAGGGUGGGCUGCAAGCUCAUAUUCUACAUCUUCUACCUGAACAUGUACACGUCUAUCUAUUUCUUGGUUUCCCUUAACAUCAUGCGGUAUUUGGCGCUGGUGCAGCCAUACCGCUACAAACGCUUACAAAGAUGGUGUAAUGGACAUCUGGUUUGUCUUUUCAUCUGGCUUUUUGUAGCACUGACCUCCAGUCCUUUGCUGUUUUUGUCCAAGAAUACAAAUGCUACUAGAAACGAUUCUUACCAAUGCAUGGAGCUACCAAACCACAACCGAACCAUCCAGACUUUAAUCACUAUCAACAACACAACUAUGUCUGUGGGUUUUGUGGUGCCUUUGGCACUUAUUGUGUGGUGCUCUGUGUUUGUAGCCUACAGAUUGUGCAAGCCUGGUCCAGCCCAGCGCAUAGUCACCAUUUCAAGGAAGAAAGCCUUUGCUUUGGUUAUCAUCAGCCUCAGCUCCUUCAUCAUCUGUUUUUUGCCAUAUCAUGUCAUGCGGACAGUGUUUUUAUACACGGAGUUGGAUGUGAGCAAUGGCAAACAUAGCAACUCUUGUGACUCCAUCUGGCUAGUGCGUAAAGCUGCAGUGGUGACACUUUGUUCGUGUGUAGCCCACAGCUGCCUGGAUCCCAUCCUGUUCUUUUUUGUUGGUGAAAAUUUCAGAACUUUCUUUGCAAAGCUACUGAGGCAAGAGAAAUUGGAUACAGGCAACAGAAAAAGAGGCCAGCAGAGGGCAGAGUUUGCAGAUCCUGAAGAAAUGAGACUAUAACAUUGGGGCGAAUCAUGAGUUCAAGUGACUUGUGCUUGAGGAACAAAAAACAACCUUGCAGCAUUUCAGAGAUACUGUUGUCUUUUUUGGCUCAUUGUCUGUACAAGAUUUAAAUCAUCAUGGAUGAUAAGUUAUUAUGGAAAGUUUAUGCUUGAGAAGCAUGAUACAUUAUCCAAACAUUAAGUAAUGUUUUCGCCAAUUUGUAAAAUACUUAGGCUGUAAUGGUCAGUGUUACGGUAAUGAUGUGAAAAGAUGUGACAUAACAUUUACUUCAUAAUAUUUUAUAAUGAUGCUUAUAAAACAUUCACUUAUGGAUUGAAACUAAUAUCACAUCAGAAGCUGUGUAUAUGCUUAACAUAUUUUAAAGUAGCAACAAAUGUUCAGACUGGAAACCUGGAAAUUUUUACCUUUUUCUUGAGAAAUGCUUAAAAAGUGAAAUAAAGAAAGAAUUAAUUUUUAAAAUGUCAACAUAAAUUCAGUAUAAUAUCUUAAUCUAGUAAUUACACCGGGUGGCAUGGUGGUGUAAGUGGUUAGCACGGUCGCCUCACAGCAAGAAGGUUCUGGAUUCGAGCCCGGGGGCCGGCGGGAGCCUUUCUGUGUGGAGUUUGCAUGUUCUCCCCGUGUCUGCGUAGGUUUCCUCCAGGUGCUCCGGUUUCCCCCACAGUCCAAAGGCAUGCGGUUAGGUUAAUAUGGGAUGGCCUUGGGCUAAGAUGCCCUUGAGCGAGGCACCUAACUCCCAACUGCUCCCCGGGCGCUGUUAGCAUGGCUGCCUACUGCUCUGGGUAUGUGUGUGUGCUCAUUGCUCACGUGUGUGUGCAUGUGUGUGUUCACUGCUUCAGAUGGGUUAAAUGCAGAGAGGAAUUUCACAAGUGUGUAAUGAAUAAAGUUGUGCUUUCUUUCUUUCUAAUUACUGAUAGCAUUUUUUACACCCACAACCACACUCAUACUGAAAUGCUAAAAUUGUUUGUGAAGUCCUGAAAGGGCUAAUUUAACCUAAUGUGACUGGAAAAUGAACAGCAAUGAAAAAUUGCAAAUGAAUGACAUCUCUGUAGUACUUGGAAAAAAAACAACAAAAAAAUCAUUGAAAGUCCUGAAUUAAUUUUGCAGCAUCUGCAUCAACCAGUGUUGUAGUCGAGUCACUAAACCUCGAGUCCGAAUCCGGUCUCAAGUUGUGUUCAAGUCCAAGUCAAAUCCAUGUCAUUAAAAAUUUUUUUGAAUCGAGUCCACUAUUGAUCCGAGUCGAGUCUAGUCCAACACGCCAACCACACCAUCUGACGGUGGCUGUUUUAGCGCCAUUACCAUUAGUUUGUUCUUGAACAUGAUGUAUGAACAGGUGAAUGUGCUUCUCUUUGUCAGGGAUUGUGAAGUAUUCUGUCAGAGAUGGUUGGGAGAUGGAUGUAAGUGCAGAAGAUGUGUUUAUUAAUACAAGUGAAGACAGGUAAACAAUCCAGAACGGCAGGCAAAAUCUCAUCUCAUCUCAUUAUUUCAAGCCGCUUUAUCCUUCUACAGGGUCGCAGGCAAGCUGGAGCCUAUCCCAGCUGACUACGGGCGAAAGGCAGGGUACACCCUGGACAAGUCGCCAGGUCAUCACAGGGCUGACACAUAGACACAGACAACCAUUCACACUCACAUUCACACCUAUGGUCAAUUUAGAGUCACCAGUUAACCUAACCUGCAUGUCUUUGGACUGUGGGGGAAACCGGAGCACCCGGAGGAAACCCACACGGACACGGGGAGAACAUGCAAACUCCACACGGAAAGGCCCUCGCCGGCCCCGGGGCUCGAACCCAGGACCUUCUUGCUGUGAGGCGACAGCGCUAACCACUACACCACCGUGCCGCCCCAGGCAAAAUCGUAAAACGGUGAAACAGGCAAUAGGUCGAGCGAGGCACAAACAGGCUAUCGUAGACUCGGCAGAAUCAAAGACGAGAAACAGAAAGUCAGGGAUCAGGAAACCAAACGAGGAAAUAAGGUUUGGUAAUGUGUCAGCAAUGCAACUCAACACUUCGCAAAGUAAGUGCAUUUUCACAGUUUUUAUAUAGGCGCGCUGAUUGCACCUUAAUCCUGUGCAGGUGCGAGUCAUUUACGGCACAUGCAAGAGUCCACUUGGCCCGUGCGCUGUCCAGAGCGCGCCCGAGAGUCUAUCUGAUGCACGCGCCAAGGCGCGCAGGUGUGACACUCUUGCAGGAAAUCAGUGCAAAAUUAAUGUCGAUAUAAAUAUUGUAUGCGAAAUUAUUAUGGCAUGUUACAAAAAAUAAAGAAAAAAUCAGAGUCCUCAUCUACAAUUUACGAGUCCGAAUGCAGUUAAUGCACGAGUCCAAGUCCGAGUCAUCAGUGCUCAAGUCCAAGUCGAGUCACAAGUCCUUAAAAUUAGGGCACGAGGCAGACUCGACUCCGAGUCCUGGACUCGAGUACUACAAGCUUGGCAUCAACCCUGAUAAACGAACCCUUCAUACAAAACAUUCACGCAUGAAAUUGUGAGCUGCGACAAGCAAAAUGAGUCUUCAUGCACAAGUCAGCUGCAUUUCUAUAAUCUCUAAUGCUAAUAACACAGUUGUCUGUGGGUGAAUUUUAUGAAUGUGUGAAAUUUUGCGGAGCAUGUUGAUGUAUUUUAAAUAUCCACUAUGGGUGGAUCAGAUUCUUAAAAAGCAAGUGUGGGAAGCUCUUCCUUCUACAUUUAGCCUACAUGUAGCUGAUGCUUUUAUACAAAGUGCAAACAGCUGAAGGCGUAGCAAUGCAAACAAUCUGGAGAAUCUAUAAGGAUUCAUAACCAUAACCUAAAGGCUAAACCUGGCUUCACACUAUACAAUUUUCAAUACGAUUUCAAGUUGAGAUUGCCAGGCUUAAAUGCAAAAUGAUAUGUGUUUCACAUAGGGUUGCCACCUGUGUCUGACAAAAAUCCUGGACAUUUCGACCAUCCAAUCGACCUUUUUGCUUGUAAGCAACAGCGCCCUUCGCACAUCUAACCCAAGACAAAAAAAAAAAAAUCGCCCUUCUACGCUGAAAUUGUAUUGCUCUAAUUAGUAAAAAUGACGCUUUUGCUAGUUAUUUGUUUAGUUAAUUGCUUUACAUAAUAAAGCAGGUCUUCAUUAUUUUGGUUUAUUUCCAACAGUUUUUGGUUGUGGACACCUGGGGGCAGUAGUGGGCACAGGUAAAAGGGGAAUACAUAAUUAAGUUCUGUUUGUUUGCUUAUGUGGAAUAAAAAUAAUUAAUUUUUCA